AUGUGCUGCAACUACUACGGGAACUCCUACGGGGGCUGUGGCUACGGCUGUGGCUAUGGCUCUGGUUAUGGCUGUGGCUAUGGCUCUGGCUAUGGCUGUGGCUAUGGCUCUGGUUAUGGCUGUGGCUACGGCUCUGGGUAUGGCUGUGGCUAUGGAUCCAGAUAUGGUUGUGGAUAUGGAUCUGGAUAUGGCUGUGGCUACGACUCUGGCUACGGCUGUGGCUAUGGCUGUGGCUAUGGAUCUGGCUAUGGCUCUGGAUACGGCUGUGGCUACGGCUCUGGCUAUGGCAGUGGCUGCUGUACCUUCCGACCAUGCUGCUACCGACGAUGCUAUUCUUCUUGCUGCUAG